UAGCAAAUUCCAAGCCACAAAGUUUGUCCGAGAUUUAGCGUACAAGAGGGAUGGUGCCAUUUUUAAAUCGAUUUAAACAUUGGUGAACCAGAUAGCAAUUCAUACAGUAGGCUAUGUAAAAAACGACAUUCCGAUUCUUCUGAUAUUGCCUGCUAUUUUUACAUUUGCUCAUAGGCUUCUCCUGUCAGCAUUUUAGUACCCAUAUGACCCGAGGUCCAACAACAACAGAUUAUCAUCGCUAUUACUCUGUUUUAUCGGAUCCCCUCCAAGAUCACUAUCACACUGUCAGCUAUGGAUUCCCUCACAGUUCUACGCGACUUCACAACCCGAGGCGAGUUGGAAAAAAUCAAGCUUUCUGGGGACGAAUUCCUCUUCGGCGAUGAAUACCACUUUCCCUGUAACAUCGAAACCGCUUACAGAGCCAAUCAGGGCAGUUUUUACACUCUGGAAUCCCUAGUCUUCUUCGUAAAAAACAGCCAUCUGAAGCACGCGGAAUACAUCCAACAGGUACACAGCCACAAGCUUCAACGUGUCUCCUUGCCCGAGCGGAAAACGCUUCUCGACUACCUGGAAAGCAAGGUUGCUUCGACAGACGCUAUAGAACUCGUCAUCAAACCACCCGUCGAAGAAUACCACCCAGAGGAACCCAACUUUGGUGCCCAAAAUGGGUUUUUCAGCAAAAGGAUUCGAUUAGAUGAAAUCCAAGAGGUAAAUCAAAAUCAAAAUGACCCACCUCUAAAUUACGACAUUGAGAUGAUAAAAGCAAUAGAAAAACCCUUGAUAGAUAGAGAAGCCCUUCUCGAAUGUAAAAAUAAGAAUUUCGAGAGCAUAAUUGAAGUGGCUAGUAAAAAGGAUGAAGAAAGGAAAAUCCAUUUUCAGGCAACCCCUGGCAGGGGAGUCAAAAGAUCCUCCGACGAUAAAGGGUUUUGGAAAGACACCCAUGACCUGGGCAUUGAUACAACACAGUCAUUCAUAAACAGCAGACAGAAAGAUGGGGCAAAAAUGGGCUAUCCUUUUUCCAGGGGUACAAAUAAAAGUAGUAGUAGUAUUAGUCUGAUUAAGGGUUGUGGUGAAGGAGUUCCAAUAAUUAUUGUGCCCAGUGCAUCUCAGACCCUUUUGAACAUGUACAAUGCAAAAGACUUUUUGGAGGAUGGGGUUUACUAUACACCUGAUUCGAAGGCUAAGGAUAUGGUGAAGAAGCCAGAGUGCGUUACUAUACAGAAGAAGAUCAAUAAAGAUAAAGGGGUUUCUACAUUUGAGAUCAGGGAUAAGCCCUCUGCAUUCUCAAUUGAGGAUUGGAGCAGGGUUGUAGCGGUGUUUGUGCUGGGGAAGGACUGGCAGUUUAAGGACUGGCCUUUUAAGGACCAUAUUGAGAUCUUCAAUAAGCUUAUUGGAUUUUACCUCCGCUUUGAAGAUGAUAGUGUUGAAUCUGCAAAAGUGGUAAAACAGUGGAAUGUGAGGAUCAUAUCGCUUAGCAAACAUAGGCGACAUCAGGACAAGGCUGCAGCUUUGGAAAUUUGGGAUAGGCUGGAAGAAUUCAUGCGAUCAAGGAGGUCUAACUCUAAUUUUUGACAAGCAGCUUUAAUUGUGGCCAAGAGUAUAGUCUAUCCAUCUUGAUUUCUAAAAUGUGUUUUCACAGCAAGUUAUCAACUUCCACGCAAAUUCUCUUAAAAAGAGAGUUUGAAUAUGAGGAUUUGCUAUAGAGAUUUAGUUUUGCUGCAAAUUUAAGCUUGGUAUUAUUCUUGAGUUUGUAAAGCAAAAUGAAAUGGAAAUUUUUGAAGUGGAAAUCAGUUAAUGCGUUUACUCUGCUCAAGACUAGAUGUGCCUUUUUUGCACCAUAAAGUCCUGUGGCAUCUGGAUCAAGUAAUAUGUGUAGUAUAUGAUAAUCAUUUGGAGAUGCAUUAGAGAUUGCUCACUUUGGGCACGAUGUAUGAGAGCUUCAGGAUCAAGGUAGAAUAAGACACUACUCUAAAAAUGAACUGUACCGUACAAUUUAUAAAUUAGAAAGUUUAUGAAGUUUUCAAA